UCGUUGUUUGUUUACAACCGGAGAACUUCCUGCCUGUUAGGAUCUUUGUCCGUCGGAAGCUAACUGGUCUGAGUCAAGCUCACAAGAUGGGAUGUGAUGGUGGAACGAUUCCCAAAAGACACGAGUUGGUCAAAGGCCCCAAAAAAGUCGAGAAGGUUGAUAAAAAUGCAGAAUUGGCUGCUAAGUGGAAAUACUGUGCCUUGAGCCAGGAAAAACUCAGACGUCCCAUCGUUUCCUGUGAGCUGGGAAGGCUGUAUAACAAAGAUGCUAUCAUUGAAUACCUUCUGGAUAAGUCUGCUGAGAGACCCAAUGCUGAGGCUGUAACACAUAUUCGUGGGAUCAAGGAUAUAAAGGAACUGAACCUGACUGAUAAUCCUGAAUGGGAGGGAGAGAGAAGAAAUGCUAAAGGAGACAGAUAUGAGGACAUUCACUGUGGCAUGUUCAUUUGCCCUGUUGUUGGGUUGGAGAUGAAUGGCAAACACAGGUUCUGUUACCUGCAGACCUGUGGCUGUGUCUUCUCUGACAGAGCCCUGAAGGAGGUCAAGACAGAAAUAUGCCACAAGUGUGGGGAUCCGUUUAAAAAUGAUGAUAUAGUUGUGCUCAACGGAACUAAAGAGGAAGUGGAGAAACUGAUGGACGGGAUGGUUGAGAAGCGGGCCAAGGCCAAAAAUAAGAAAACAAAGAAGAGCAAAGCAGCUGAAGCUGUGUCCACCCCAUCAGAAUCAAAAGAAGACACAGAGUCUCCACCAGUGGACGUUGCAGGAACGAGCUCACUACAAAAUGGUGGUGAGAGCAGCCAGUCAGCUGUGGCUGGACCCUCUGGAUCCUCCAGCUCCUCUAAAGGCACCAAGUCUUCAACAGUUUCUGCCACCAAGAGGUCGAUUCAGAACAUGGAGGAAAAGUCUGAGGCUUUCAAAUCCCUGUUUACCACCCACAGCUCUGCCAAGCGCACUAAAGAGCAGACAUCCAACUGGGUCACCCACACCCCUUAUCACUUCUAGUUACAGUUGCUCAGAAGAAAAACCACCAUUUUAAGACCACCUUAGAAAUUGCAACCCAUUAAAAGACACAUUACUUGUAAAUCAAAUUUCGCACACACAGUAACCCACACGGCCCCUGAUAAUGUCACCAACGUGUGGACUCAUUCCCAGUUUGUCUCUUCAGUCCCCAGUAGCUUAGUGUUUACACGCUGUGAACAUUUUGUUAACAGCUCCCCAAGCUGUUCAUACUGUUUGUUUUGUAGCCUAAUUCCUCCCCCAUGUAUUCACCCACACCUCUGCAUUCUCACUCACAGGUGCUUUGAGAAUUAAUGCAAGAGUGACUUUAUUAUCUCUGUCACUCUGCUGUCUCCUAGUGGACAGAGUGCAGCUUUUUAAUGGGAUCUCAACAUGGCAUAUGGCCUGUGAAUGAACACUUAUGAUAGAUUUUCUUUCCUUCUAAGAUCUAUUAGUAUGCGUUUGGCCAUCAUUUCUUUUUUCUUUAAAAAAAAAAAAAAAAAAAAAGGUUUGCAGCUCAUGUUUGUUAAUUCGUCUUGAUCCUUUUAUUUUCCCUGGAAAGUGGUGGAAAAAAAUGAGGUUAGCAAAGAGUCAUCUGGUCUGUUUCUGAUGUGAACAGAUAAAAGCUUACACACAUAAAAAGACAAACAUUAGCAGCUUUAUUGUGACAAGAAAAUACACACUUUUCUCAAUGUUUUCUUCAGUCUUGAGCAAAAGUAUCAGAGUAUUUUCUUUUUUGUUUCUCAAGGCCUUUGUGGAUGAUUUCUGAUGUGAGAAGUAGCACAGUUUGUCACACUGCUCUCCAGUUAUGCUCAUAUUGAAAAUAAACACACUCUUCUUAAGAUAGUGUUUUCAAAGGGGAUUAAAAACAUUCUGCAUUAUCCUGUUUGCAAUUCAGUCGUUCAUUAUUGUAUUCUUUUUGCAUGUCACGUGCAGCUGUCAUGACAAGUGUCACUUCAUUUGAAUUAAGCUGUUUCUUUUAUGUUAUUUUCUCACUCUGUAUUGUGCAAAUUAUAUUCCAAGCUAAAUGCACAAAUUGCCUCUAUUUUGUCUCUCAUCUGUAGUAUUUUCAUCGGUAACACAAUGCCUCCAAGUGCUAAAAAAAACAGUAAUUACCUGAGAUGACGGAAACAACAUCAACUCCCUGUUGUGCCCUUCAAGGGAAAAUUCACACCGUAAACAAACUAUAAAAAGCUCCUGUUGUAUAGCAUACAUGUGUUUUCGGAAGGUGUGAAUCUGUUGUGAGGUUCUGUGUGAUUGGAAAUGUUCAGAUAUUUUACUUAAAUAAAAGAUUCAAUAGAACACAAAACAA